AUGGCCAUCGCGACACAACCCCAUUUUUCAUUUCGGGCCAUCGCUUUAGUCUUUCUCCUCUUUCCACUAGCAGCCUUUGCAGAUGAAGGGACUGCAACGUUCUACACACCUCCUUACGUUCCUUCGGCUUGUAAUGGAUAUAAUGAUGAUGGUGUGAUGAUUGCGGCUGCAAGUGAUGCAAUCUGGGACAAUGGUGGUGCAUGUGGAACAAGGUAUAGUGUCACUUGCCUUAGUGGGACCAACCUGGGCGAGCCCCACCCCUGCAACGGCAACUCGGUCGUUGUGACGAUUGUCGAUUACUGCCCCCCACCUGGAUGCCGAGGCACCCUCGACUUAUCACAGGAAGCUUUUUCCUCCAUUGCCAAUCCGGAUGCUGGCAAAAUAAACAUACACUUUGAGAGCCUAUGA